GAUCGCUGUUACUGAUGGGAAGGAGUCCAAUAUGAGUGGAAAUGAUGUUGGAGGAAGAAGACGCUUUGAGGACAGUGAACACACACUACACAUCUAUCCUGGGAGCAUCGCUGAAGGGACCAUCUAUUGUCCUGUCAUUGCCCGGAAGACCUCCACAGCGGCGGAGGUGAUUGACUCUCUCAUUAAUAAACUUCAACUUGACAAAACAAAAUGUUACGUUCUGGCGGAAGUGAAGGAAUUUGGCGGGGAAGAAUGGAUCCUCAACCCCACAGACUGCCCGGUCCAGCGCAUGAUGCUGUGGCCCCGGAUGGCCCUGGAGAACCGUUUGAGCGGGGAGGACUAUCGCUUUCUUCUACGGGAAAAGAAUCUCGACGGGUCGAUACACUAUGCCAGCCUCCAGUCCUGGUUGCAGGUGACAGAGGAGCGCCGCAGGAUGAUGGAGCGCGGCUUCCUCCCACAACCGCAGUACAAGGACUAUGACGACUUGUGCGCUUUACCAGACUUGAACGAGAGAACGCUCCUGGAAAACCUUAGAAACCGCUUUAAGCAGGAAAAAAUUUACACGUACGUUGGGAGCAUACUGAUAGUCAUUAAUCCGUUCAAAUUCCUCCCGAUUUACAACCCCAAGUAUGUCAAAAUGUAUGAUAACCACCAGCUGGGGAAGCUGGAGCCCCACAUUUAUGCGGUGGCCGAUGUAGCAUACCACGCGAUGCUUCAGCGUCGAAAGAAUCAGUGUAUUGUCAUUUCUGGAGAAAGUGGGUCUGGGAAAACGCAGAGCACAAACUUUCUGAUCCAUCAUCUCACUGCUCUUAGUCAGAAGGGAUUUGCUAGUGGAGUAGAACAGAUCAUUCUAGGAGCUGGACCAGUGCUUGAGGCAUUUGGGAACGCAAAGACGGCCCACAACAACAACUCCAGUCGCUUUGGCAAGUUUAUUCAAGUGAAUUACCAGGAGACGGGCACCGUGCGUGGAGCUUACGUUGAAAAGUAUCUACUGGAAAAAUCUAGGCUAGUCUAUCAGGAACAUAAUGAGAGGAACUACCAUGUUUUUUAUUACCUUCUGGCCGGAGCAAGUGAAGAAGAGAGAUCAGCUUUUCACCUUAAACAACCUGAUGAAUAUCAUUAUCUCAAUCAGAUGACAAAGAAACCCCCCAAACAGAGCUGGGAUGACUGUUACUAUGACUCUGAGCCGGAUUGUUUCUCCGUUGAAGGAGAGGACUUGAAGCACGACUUUGAGCGUUUGCAGCUAGCCAUGGAAAUGGUGGGCUUUCUUCCCAAGACCAGCAGACAGAUUUUUUCUCUUUUGUCGGCAAUACUGCACUUGGGUAACAUCUGUUACAAGAAGAAAACUUACCGAGAUGAUUCCAUAGAUAUCUGUAACCCGGAGGUCCUGCCUAUUGUCUCAGAACUGCUGGAGGUAAAAGAAGAAAUGUUGUUCGAAGCACUUGUUACAAGAAAGACGGUGACUGUGGGGGAGAAGCUUGUAUUACCCUACAAACUGGCAGAGGCUGUGACGGUGCGGAAUUCCAUGGCUAAAUCAUUGUACAGUGCCCUGUUUGAUUGGAUCGUUUUUAGAAUUAACCACGCACUCUUGAAUACAAAGGACUUGGAAGAGAGCACCAAGACUUUAUCCAUUGGAGUACUUGAUAUUUUCGGGUUUGAAGAUUAUGAAAGUAACAGCUUCGAACAGUUCUGCAUCAAUUUUGCCAAUGAACGUUUACAGCAUUAUUUUAACCAACACAUCUUUAAACUGGAGCAAGAGGAGUACAGACUCGAAGGCAUCAGCUGGCAUAACAUUGACUACAUAGACAACUCUGGCUGCAUCAACCUCAUCAGCAAAAAGCCAACCGGGUUGCUCCAUUUGCUGGAUGAGGAAAGCAAUUUUCCUCAAGCAACAAAUCAGACGCUGCUAGACAAGUUUAAGCGUCAGCAUGAAGGAAACCCUUACAUUGAAUUUCCGGCUGUGAUGGAACCUGCCUUUAUCAUAAAACACUAUGCUGGGAAAGUUAAAUAUGGUGUGAAGGAUUUCCGGGAGAAAAAUACCGAUCAUAUGCGGCCAGACAUUGUUGCUCUUCUGAGGAGCAGCAAGAGCGCCUUUAUCUGCGGCAUGAUCGGGAUCGAUCCCGUGGCCGUCUUCCGUUGGGCAGUCCUCCGGGCUUUCUUCAGAGCUGUGGUGGCAUUCAGGGAGGCUGGAAGGAAGUAUAUUGAGAAGAAAACUGGGCAUGAUGAUGCGGUUUUGAAAAGUGUGGAUAGUUUUAGCUUUCUCCAUCACCCAGUUCACCAGAGGAGCUUAGAGAUCCUGCAGAGAUGCAAAGAGGAGAAGUACAGUAUCGCCCGGAAACGUCCAAGAACACCCCUUUCGGAUCUGCAGGGCGUUAACACCAUCAAUGAAAAAACCCAACGUGACGUGUACGGAAUCGGCUGGAAUAGCAGGAUGGGCGUCCGGCAGAGCAGACUCUCCAGCCACGGCAGCCUCCUUGACAAAGAUGGGAUAUUUGUGAAUUCGACCAACAGCAAGCUCCUGGAGAGAGCCCACGGCAUUCUCAUGCGAAACAAGAACUUCAAAGCCAAACCGAACCUCCCAAAGCACUUACUGGAAGUGAAAUCGCUCAAGCACCUGACCAACCUGACGCUGCACGAUCGCAUCACGAAAUCUCUUCUUCAUCUUCACAAGAAGAAGAAGCCCCCGAGCAUCAGCGCGCAGUUCCAGGCGUCACUUACCAAACUGAUGGAGACCCUCGGCCAAUCUGAGCCCUAUUUUGUCAAGUGCAUUCGCUCCAAUGCCGAUAAGCUUCCCCUGAGAUUCAGUGACAACCUGGUGCUGCGGCAGCUGCGGUACACGGGGAUGCUGGAGACCGUGCGCAUUCGACAAUCGGGAUACAGCUGCAAGUAUUUUUUCCAGGACUUUGUCGAUCACUUCCACGUCCUUCUCCCACGGGGAGUUCUGCCAUCAAAGCAAAACAUCCAAGAUUUCUUCAGGAAAACAAAGAUCAGUCUGGACAGUUAUCAAGUUGGCAGAACAAUGGUGUUCAUGAAGGAGCGGCAACGGCAGCUUUUGCAGGGCCUGCUGCACCAGGAGGUGGUGCGAAGGAUCACGCUGCUGCAGAGCUGGUUCCGAGCGAUGCUGUACAGAAGGCAUUUCCUGAAUCUGAAGCAAGCAGCUGUGGUCAUACAGAGCUACUGGCGCAGUUAUCAGAGGAGAAAGCGAACAGAACUGGAGGAUUCCCUGAACGAUUCAGCCUUCCGUGGCAAGGCGGCCGUUAUCCUCCAGUCCCACUGGCGCGGCUACGUCGCCAGGCGGAAAUUCCAACAGAUGCGGGUGGCGGGUUUUAUCAUCCAGAGCUACUGGCGGGAGCACUUGAGGCGAAGGCACAUCGCAGCUACCUUAAUCCAAGCCGCCUGGCGGAGUUACCACUCCAGGAGCCUCUACCAGAUCGCAAGAAACAAAGUCGUUCUGCUGCAGGCCGCCUACAGAGGCUACAGUGCGCGGCAAAGGUGUAGAACUUUAAAACAGCAACGAUUACAAGAGGCACCAUUGGGAAAUGGACCAACUGUUAAAGGAGGGGAGGAUGGUUUGGAUAUUCGGGGGUCAGAUCCUUCUGAAUGGGAAGAUCGUUCAUUUGAAGAGCGAGAGAAAGCGGUAGAAGAGCGCAAAUCCGUGAUGGAAAAUCGGGGCGGUCAAAUUGAUCCCACAGAUAAUUCUGGGAACCUAUCGUACAAACACUACAAAAGAGCCAGCAGCCAGAGCGGAGUGAACGCAGAAGAGCAAGUUAUCGUUAGAGAGAGACCCAAGUCGCUGGAAGACCUCAACCCUAAAAAAGGAGUCCGUGCGAAGCGAGAGAGCCGGCGGAUGCGUGAAUUAGAACAGGCUAUCUUUAGCUUGGAGUUGCUUAAAGUCCGUUCCACUGGAGGGAUAUCUCCCUCAGAGGAGCGCCAGUGGUCCCCAGAAUUGGCCUCCGAAGGCAUGCAGUCUCCCAGGGGAACCCCGGAGAGUGAGAGCUCUCAGGGAAGUCUAGAGACGCUGAUCCACGAAGAGACUCAAAAGAACAAACGGGACCCUGUGUUGCCCCAGGACUACAGUACCCGUUCUGUUCCUAGAGAGUCGUUACCCAACAGCCCUAAAUCUGAUGACGAUCAAGGCAUCACCUUUUCUGCUGAUGUAAAUAGAAACGUGCCCGAUAGGAAAAGAUCGAUACCGAGUUCUGAGUUCCCAGAGUGCCUUGCUGCUAAAGAGCGGCCGGCCUGCGAUCCCCAGAGCACUGUCUAUCACGGGCAUCCUAGAGAGCCCCUCAUUUCAAGCAGCCUUCCUACUUUUUACCUCCCACCGCAAGACAGUCCGAGAGCCGGCCAUUCAGUGAUGGAGAAUAACCUGAGGAACAAGCGGAUGGACGUGCCUUUGGAAGCCAAGAGGGACGCUGAGUUAAAGAGAGCAGGGCAGAUCCAAACGUCUCCCAGAGCUGGUCAGCCUCCCUCGAGUGGAGAAGGCAGCCCGGCCCUGGCUGCGUCAGAAACGUCUUCCGACCCUAUCAUCAAGAGGCUGGAGAAGCUGAACGUGGAGAAGGAAGAACGCCAGAAACAAAAGCAGCUGCAGAACGAGAAAGAAAUGAUGGAGCAGAUCCGGCAACAGAAGGAGAUUUUGGAGAAAGAGCGCAAAGCUUUUGAAGAGCUCCAGAGGCAAGAAAAUGAGCAGAACAAGGCCAGGGAACAAGGCCAAGGAACCUCUGUCAGGUCACCGAAGAAAACAAACGGGACGCAAUCUCUCCUUAUUGGGAAUUCCCCAAACAAAGGAGAGCACCAUCUCACCAAAAAUACAGAGCCCACCUCGUCGGUGGAUAUCAAAGGUCUCACCGUCUCGAAAAAAGGAAGCUCGCCCGCUCGUCUGACCCAGAAGGAAAGGAUGAUUGUUGUGACCCUGGAGCGAAGGGAAAGCCAGGGGGCAGUUGUCCAGGAACCGGCUGGAUCAGAUAGGCUGAGUUCACAAGUGGUUGCUGAAUCUCAGGAAGGCUCCAGCAACCAACCCGCAAGAAAGGAGAGGUUCAGGUUACCCCGAAUUCCCAGCCAGGGAGCUGAAAGCGCUUCUAGCGAGAGCAGAGUUGGUCCCAUUUUCUUCACCCCGAAGGACAGCCACAAGGGCAUCAACAAAGAAUUUUCCGCCCAUCCGUCCCUUCCAAAAGAAGACCCCAAAAAGUCUUUCAAGAUUCCCGGGCCAGGCAGGGGGGAGCAGGUCGCCAGACCGGCCCAUAAAAAGAAAGCCCGCAUGGCACGGACACGCUCCGAUUUCUUGACUAGAGGUGCUUUUGCUGAUUGGGAGGGGGAUACGGAGGAAGAGGACUGCGAGGACAGUUUUGAAUUCCUUCUCUCCCUUGACCAACCUCCUCGCCCUGAGCCUGGGGGUGCAGCCAGACUUGGGCAGCCUUGUCACAGUGACUCGGAAAUGAUGCUGCAGCGUUUCACAUCCAGCGGAAGCCAAGCGAAGCUUCAUAAAACAAUGUCUCAAGGAGAGAUUGGAAAACUGGCAGCCGCACAGAAGGCCGUGGCUACAGAUGGAAGCAGACCUCAGAGGGCCAAGAUGAGAUUCUGGGGGAAAGGGAGGCAAGGGGAGAAGAAGAGCACCAGGGAGAAGCUUGCGACCCAGUCGGAACUGCUGGAGUUGUGUCCGGAUCAAAACACUGUGGGCAGAGAGAUGGUUUCCAGGCUGCCACUCGAUGAAGAGCUGGGCCAGCAUCACCUGACUCCACCGAGGAGCCCCGAGCUGUCCGGCCUCUACCGACGGGAAUGCAAGGAAAACAAAGAGCCGUCGCCCAAGGUGAAGCGCAAGCGCAGCCUGAAGAUCAGCAAUGUCGCCAUGGAGCCUGCGCAGUGGCAGAACGAUGCGCUUCAGAUCAUCACCAGCGCCAGCGACUUGAAAAGCAUGGAUGAGUUUCUCUUGAAAAAGAUGAACGAUCUGGAUAGCGAGGACUGCAAAAAGGACACUCUGGUGGACGUCGUGUUCAAAAAAGCCUUGAAAGAAUUCCGGCAAAACAUCUUCAGCUUCUACUCUUCAGCUUUGGCAAUGGGCGACGGAAAGAGCAUCCGCUACAAAGACCUCCAUGCCUUGUUCGAACAGAUUUUGGAGAAAACUAUGAGGCUGGAGCAAAGGGACUGGAGUGAGUCCCCAGUCCGGGUCUGGGUCAAUACCUUCAAAGUGUUUCUGGAUGAAUAUAUGACGGAAUAUAUGCCUUUGGAUUACGCUGCCUCCAAGAUGACCAAAACAGAAAGGAAGAAGAGAAGAAAGAAGGAAGCAGAUGUCGUAGAAGAACACAACGGUCACAUUUUUAAGGCGACACAGUACAGUAUCCCCACCUACUGCGAGUUCUGUUCCUCCCUGAUAUGGAUAAUGGACAGGGCCUCUGUUUGCAAAUUGUGCAAGUAUGCAUGCCACCGAAAGUGCUGCCUGAAAACGACGACCAAGUGUCCCAAAAAGUACGAUCCCGAGCUUUCUUCGCGGCAGUUUGGGGUCGAGCUCUCUCGCCUGACCAGCGAAGAGCGGACCGUGCCCUCGGUGUUCGAGAAGCUCACCAGCUACAUCGAGAUGCACGCGCUCUACACCGAGGGCAUUUACCGGAAGUCCGGGUCGACCAACAAGAUCAAAGAGCUGCGGCAGGGACUCGACACAGAUCUGGAGAGCGUGAAUCUUGACGACUACAACAUUCACGUCAUCGCUAGCGUGUUCAAACAGUGGCUCCGAGAUCUGCCUAAUCCGCUCAUGACGUUUGAACUCUAUGAAGAGUUUCUACGAGCGAUGGGCUUGCAGGAGAGGAAGGAGGCCAUCCGCGGGGUGUACUCUGUCAUCGACCAGCUUUCCCGCACCCAUCUCCACACUUUGGAACGCCUGGUCUUCCACCUUGUCAGGAUCGCCCUGCAGGAGGAGGCCAACCGCAUGUCGGCGAACGCCCUGGCCAUCGUCUUCGCUCCCUGUAUCCUCCGCUGUCCCGACACCACAGACCCUCUUCAGAGUGCUCAAGAUGUCAGCAAAACCAUCAGCUGCGUAGAGUUGAUUGUUGUCGAGCAGAUGAACAAGUACCGAGCACGCCUCAAGGACAUCAGCAGCCUCGAGUUUGCAGAGAACAAAGCCAAGAGUCGGCUGUCGUUGAUCCGCAGGUCUAUGAAACCUGUACUAAUUGCCGUUAGAUUUAUGAGCAUAACCCGCAGUUCGAUCCCGGGCAAAGGGCGCCUACGGCGAGGGACCUACCCGAGCGCGACGUCGCCGGCCGUCAUGCGGCUGCCCUCCGUCUCGGACGCCCCCGAAGAGGCCCCGAGCAGCGAGGAGGCCACGGAGACAGAUGCCACGGAGCAGCAGCAAGUGGCCAUGCAGCAGGAGGAGAGGGUGCUGACCGAACAGAUCGAGAGCCUGCAGAAAGAAAAGGAAGAACUGACGUUUGAGAUGCUGGCUCUGGAGCCGCGAGCUUCCGACGAUGAGACCCUGGAGUCCGAGGCCUCCAUUGGCACGGCGGACAGCUCGGAAAACUUGAACUUUGAUUCUGAAAGCGCAGUCUCGGACAGAUCAGAGAGAAGUUUAGCUGUCGGCCCACUGAGACCCAUCAAGGCAGAAUCCACCACCAACCGGUCUCGGAGGCACCUGAGGAAGCAGCCGGACUCUCUGGACUCCGUGGACUCCUCUGUAUCUUCUCCCUCCCUCUCCCCGUCCUCCUCUUCCUCCUCCUGCUUACCUCACGUAACGAGGAAGCGAUUCCAGAUAUACUCCAAAUCACCUUUCUACCGGGCAGCUCCCUCCGGGGGGCCCACAACGCCCGAGCGAUCCCCAGGGCAUCUGAAAGGUCUGGACGACAGGCCCCAGUUCACGACCAGGGGGACUUUCAACCCCGAGAAGGGCAAGCAGAAACUGAAGAAUGUGAAAAACUCUCCCCCGAAAGCCAAAGAGCCCCCCGAGGGGGCUGCCGGGCCGGGCCGCCGGAGGCACCCCGAUGCUGCCGAUUGCAACAGCCCCCAGCAGUUGGUGCUGCUCGGGAACAACGAGUUCAUGGUGUGAGCUG